CCCCCUAUUUUACUUCCCCCCUCUCUUCCACUGUAGCAAAUAGCCAUUACCCGUGAAGGUGACCUGCUGACCAAAGAGCGUCUGUGCUGUGGCCUGUCCAUGUUCGAGGUCAUCCUCACACGUGUCCGUGGUUUCCUGGACGACCCCAUCUGGCGCGGCCCGUUGCCCAGCAACGGCGUGAUGCACGUGGACGAGUGUGUGGAGUUUCACCGGCUGUGGAGCGCCAUGCAGUUUGUUUACUGCAUCCCUGUUGGAGCACACGAGUUCACUGUGGAGCAGUGUUUCGGGGACGGUCUCCACUGGGCUGGGUGUAUGAUCAUCUCCCUACUGGGUCAACAGAGACGCUUUGACAUCCUGGACUUCAGCUAUCACCUGCUGAAGGUGCAGAAACACGAUGGAAAGGAUGAGAUCAUCAAGAGUGUGCCUCUUAAAAAGAUGGUGGACAGAAUCCACAAGUUCCAGGUCCUCAACGAUGAGAUCUACACCAUCCUGAACAAGUACCUGAAGGCAGGUGAUGGAGAGAACAUGCCUGUGGAGCACGUCCGGUGUUUCCAGCCUCCUAUCCACCAAUCCCUGGCCAGCAACUGAGAUUGACCAUCCAAUAGCAUGAAUCAGCAAUACAUUUCCUAUAGCACCAUCCACUUAUGUUUAACAAAGCACAAAGGAUGCGUCUCAAACAUUUUAUAUAAGUGCACUACCUAGGGAAUAGGGUGCCUUUUUGGAGGCACAUAUGAAAUAUUCUUCCCCCUUUUAAACUAGAUGAUAGCAACACUGUGGACCAUUUUCAGCAAGUUGAAAUCAUGAAAAACAGAAAUAAACGAGGUCUAAAUCAUGUUUGAUCUGUAAGUAUAUAUAUUUUUCUGAACUGUUUAAAAGCAGCAGUGGCCCAACUUUCCUUACAUAAUGUUUGUCAGGAUGAUUUUUGUGCCUUAAGUAAUCAAUCGCAAAACUGUGUUUCAUAUAUCUGGAACACUGUAGACCAGGGAAUGAUUUAUUUAAGGGGUUUGGGGGUGGUGGGAUAUCGUUGUAGCCUGUACUCAAUGAAGGGGAAUUGGACAGAGUAGAGUAUAUUUGGUGCUUAAAACCUAUAAAUCUGUAAAGUAACCAAGUUUCUUAAUGAUAAAGCAUUUAUUCACUUUGCCUUUUUGUGUUGGAAUUAUUUUAAUCAUUUUCAUUCAAUAAAUAUGUAACAAAUA